CUUCAAAUCAUCAAAAAAUGGAAACUUCAUCGAGCGCUGAAAAUGAUCCGACGACAAUAUUAGAUACAGACAUUGCGAAACGCGUGCUGAGAAAGAUUGACUUUCAGUUAAUUCCGCUGCUUUUUGUCACGUAUAAUCUCAAUUUUAUGGACAAAACCAUCUUGUCCAGCGCGUCAGUUUUUGGUUUGAAAGAUGAUACAAAUAUCACCGGCGACCAGUACAGCUGGGUAUCCAGCAUAUUCUACUUUGGAUAUCUCUUCUGGGAAUACCCAACGUCAUAUCUCAUCCAGCGACUCCCGGUGGGCAAAUACGUCGGCAUCAACACGUUAUUCUGGGGAGCAGUGGUCGCGUUGACGGCCGCUUGUCGCAACUAUGGAGGUCUCAUCACGGUGCGAUUCCUGCUCGGUGUGGCUGAGGCGACGAUAUCUCCUGCUUUUGUCUAUGUAACCUCGAUGUGGUAUACGCGUGAGGAGAUCCCAACACGGACUGGGUUUUGGUUUGCGGGAAAUGCGCUUGGUGGUGUUUUUGCUAGUUUUAUCGCGUAUGGAUUGGGGCAUGUAACGCAUCCCCUGGCUCCGUGGAUGUGGUUGUUUAUUGUCCUUGGAGUCGCGACUUUUCUGUGGGGAUUUGUGCUGAUUGGAUUUCUUCCUGAUUCGAUUCAAUCUGCCCGGUUUCUGACCGAGGAGGAGCGAGAGGUCGCGCAGGAACGAGUCGUUGUAGGAGGCACAGGCAGAACCAAAUCUGUUUGGAAGCUCGAUCAAUGCAUAUCGUGCAUUACCGAUCCAAAGACGUGGUUUAUCUUUGCAAUCUCGCUUUUGACGCAGAUUCCAAAUGGAGGGACGCAAAAUUUUGGAAACCUGGUACUGACAGGCUUUGGGUUUACCUCCUUGCAGUCAACAUUGGUUACUCUUCCAGCAUCAUUCAUCGCGUUCUUUACCGUCGUGGGAACUGGAUGGCUCUCCGGUCGAUUUGCCAACAUCACCACUCUCUUGAUCUGUACCGUGGCCAUAUUUCCCAUCAUUGGGAGUGUCAUCAUCUAUGCUGGCGCUGCCAAGGGCGUCAAGCUCUUUGCUUAUUAUCUCCUUUCCACCGGCCCCAGCACGAUUCCGCUGGUACUUGGUCUUGUCGGCGCCAACUACAAAGGCUCAACGAAGAAGCUCACGGUUUCAGCUAUUCUGUUCAUUGCGUACUGUGCAGGUAACAUCGCUGGUCCCCAAUUAUUUCGAUCCUCGGAUGCACCCCACUAUCCGAUGGCGUUUCGAGGUAUCAUGAUAUCCUAUGCGCUGGUGAUUGCGUUUUCAUUCGCGCUGCGAUUUUAUCUUGUCUGGUUUAACCGGAGACGGGAUGGUAUUGAAGGCGUGCAUGUUCAGAAUACCGCGGUCAGAGUCGAUAAAACAGCGCAAACUGUUACGAGUACUGCGACUAUCGAGGGCGAGGAUGAGGAUGAUGUUGACGACCUCAAGAGUUAUGGGUUUCGAUAUCGGAUGUAGUUGGAGAAAGUUAUCGAUAUGGAAACACAAACAGCGAAUCAGAGAAGAGAAGGAAUGUCAUAAAGAAUAAUACAACAUCUAUGCGGCGAAUGACUCGUUCUUCCGAUAAGUUCUCUGUUUUUGUCCAGUUUUGGGAUUUUUACCAGCCUAAGCAAAGUGUAAUAGAUGAAAACCAGGUCUGUGUACAAACUGUUCCCUGAAGUGGCAAGGCUGGAAAAUCUCCAUCAUCCACAUGGGCUGCUCGAUAUCCGAAAUUGCCGAGAAAGCCCGAUACUACAUCUUCGCCUC